UAUUUACAUAUUUAGUUGCAGCAAGGUGAGAAGAGAGGGCUUAUGAUUCACCCGAAAAAACUGCAAUUCAAGAAGAAGAAGAAGAACAAGACCACCCUUGUUCCUUGUGAAAAAAAGAAAAAAAAAAAAAGAAUCAGUAACAGAUAGGUAGACCCCAUGGAAAGCAAACAAAAUAGCAGCACCACAACCACCAAAAUCAGCAAAGAUAAUGCUCACAAAUCACUGUCAAAACAAGUAGUGGAACACGGAGACCUCUACUCUCCUUUUCAUGCAAGGCGAAAACAGACAAGUAGUAAUUAUAAGCCCAUUUGCAAACAAGAAGAAGAGGAGAUGGGAGUGGUGGAGGAGAUGAGAAGGCAUGUGGGAGUGAUAAAAGAGAGGAUGCUGGAGAAGUUAGCUGCUGCUGCUGUUCCUGCAGAUGCCUUGGAGAGUGCACGUCACUUGUUGGAAACUACUGUUAAGGAUGUUACCCUUGCUGCUCAUGGGGUUACCAAGGAUGCUUUGAACCGCAUCAAGAAUCAUCUUGUUGACAUCCUCCCAUCACUCUCUCCUGCCAUUACUAGAAAGAUGGUGGAUGAUGCUGCGAAAGAAGCUAACGGAGAGACAGGAAGGAAAGAUGAAGAAGAGGAGCAAGAAAACCGCAAUCAAACUCCAACUCCAACUCCAACUCCAACUCCUACUCCUAAUAACGAUAAUAACAAUAAUAAGUCUCCAUCUGUAUCUCCAACUUCCUCUUUAUUUGCUUCAGGAAAACCAUUUUCAAGGCUCCUUUGGAUGUCCCUCAAAAGCAUUGUGCGUGAGCUGAGGGAGAUGAAAGAUGGAAUUGGAAGCAUUUCAAGACGAGGGGUCGAAGGGAAGCAUUGGCGUGGUAGGACAAGGUCACAUAUUGCACCAGAUGAAACACCGCCUGAUUCUGAGCCAAUUCAACAGGGCCAGUGGGCAAAUCUCCCACCAGAAUUGCUCUUGGAUAUCAUUAGGAGGGUAGAAGAGAGCGAGACAUUGUGGCCUGCUCGUGCUGUUGUUGUUUAUUGUGCUUUGGUUUGUAGGUCAUGGAGGGAAGUCACUAAAGAAAUUGUCAAAACGCCUGAGCAGUGUGGGAGGCUAACAUUUCCUAUCUCAUUGAAGCAGCCGGGUCCUCGUGAGUCUCCCAUACAGUGCUUUAUUAGAAGAGAAACUGCAACUUCAACAUAUCUAUUGUACUAUGGUUUGGUGCCUUCCGAGAAUGAGAGUGACAAAUUGCUAUUAGCUGCCAGAAAGAUCAGAAGAGCGACAUGCACAGACUUCAUUGUAUCCUUGGCUGCAGAUGAUUUUUCACGAGCCAGCAAUACAUAUGUUGGUAAACUGAGGUCUAACUUUUUAGGAACCAAGUUCACUGUAUUUGAUAGCCAACCUACAUGUGAAGUGCCAAUACAACCAGCUAGCCGUACACAUCGCAGAUUCCAUUCUAGGCAGGUGUCUCCAAAAUUACCUGCAUGUAAUUAUAGUAUAGGCACCAUCACCUAUGAGCUCAAUGUUCUCCGUACAAGAGGGCCAAGGCGAAUGCACUGUGUCUUGCACUCAAUACCUGUCUCCUCUAUUGAGGAGGGGGGCACUGCCCCAACGCCAACAUCAUUCUCAGAGACUUUUGAUGAUUGGUUAUCUUUUUCAUCAGGUUCAAAAGGAAAGGAAUCUGUUUUUGAUGUUAGUUCUGCAAGCCCCUCAGAGUCGCCGGUAAUAAUCCAUGGUUCUGGAGAGCCCCUUAUUCUUAAGAACAAGGCUCCUAGAUGGCAUGAGCAGCUUCAGUGCUGGUGCCUAAAUUUCAGAGGGCGGGUUACAGUCGCAUCUGUUAAGAAUUUCCAACUUGUGGCUGCUGUGGGCCCAUCCCACAAUGUGCCAGCUGCAGAGCAAGAGAAGGUGAUCUUACAGUUUGGAAAAAUCGGAAAAGACAUCUUCACCAUGGAUUAUUGCUACCCUCUUUCUGCCUUCCAAGCCUUUGCAAUCUGCCUGAGCAGCUUUGACACCAAACCAGCCUGUGAAUGACAGAUGUGGUGCCUGCGCAGAAAUCACUGCCAUAGUUUGCUCUUUUCAGUUCUGGAAUAUUUGUGCACUCUAUGUGCAGCUCAUCAGACACAGCCGUUCACAGCUGAACUUAGCCAUGUAAUCCUUACUUUUUCUGAUCAUGGAACUUGACUUAUAUUUUGUUUCA